CAUACUUGAAACAUCAACGACUGAACGCCAUGAUUUCCCAACUGCCCACUUGUUUGAGGCUCCUGCCUCGGGUGUUGUCCCUCCAUUCUGGGCGUUGUAUGAGCCAGGCAGCCAGCGUAGCUAAGGCACAGAUAGACGUUCAGUUAGAGAGUAUUCGGGAUGCUGGCACUUGGAAGUCUGAGAGAGUCAUUAUCAGCUCGCAGGAUGCUAAUAUACAGGUGGCUGGGCAACAGGGAAAAAUCCUCAACUUCUGUGCCAACAACUAUCUUGGUUUGUCUAAUGACCCAGCAGUGGUAGAGGCUGGCAAGACCUUGGACACACAUGGGGCAGGGCUUAGCUCUGUGCGUUUUAUCUGUGGCACUCAGGACAUACAUAAAGAUUUAGAAAGUAAAAUAGCAAAAUUUCAUGAAAGGGAUGAUGCUAUUUUUAGCAGCUGUUUUGAUGCCAAUGCUGGGCUAUUUGAGGUAUUGUUGAAUGCUGAUGAUGCUGUUAUCUCAGAUGAGCUGAACCAUGCCUCCAUUAUAGAUGGGAUAGAGGCUUGCAAGGCACAGAAAUAUCGCUUCAAACAUCGAAACAUGACAGAGCUUGAAAACCACCUCAAGGCCACUCAGUCAGCACGAUUCCGUCUCAUAGUAACGGAUGGUGUGUUCAGUAUGGAUGGGAGUAUAGCCCCACUCAGAGAAAUCUGUGAGUUGGCAGAGAGGUAUAAUGCUCUCACCUUUAUUGACGAGUGUCAUGCUACUGGCUUCUUUGGGAAGACAGGCAGGGGCACAGAAGAGUACUGUGGUGUACCUGGUAAAAUAGACAUCAUCAAUUCCACCCUGGGAAAAGCCUUAGGAGGAGCCUCAGGAGGCUAUACAACUGGCCCCCAGUUUUUGGUUGACCUUCUGCGACAACGAUCUCGCCCCUACCUCUUCUCAAACACGCUGGCACCCCCAGUGGUUGGCUGUGCCAGUAAGGUACUUGACAUGCUGAUGGAGAGCUCGGACCUCUGUCAGAAGGUCACAGCUAAUGUGGUACAGUUCAGAUCAAAAAUGGCUGAUGCUGGAUUCACUCUGGCCGGAGAUCCUGACCACCCUAUCUGUCCUGUCAUGUUAGGAGACGCCAGACUGGCGGCAGAGUUUGCAGAUCAGAUGUUAGGUAAAGGUAUCUAUGUAAUAGGCUUCAGCUUCCCAGUGGUUGCCAAAGGUGCUGCUCGUAUUCGAGUUCAGAUUUCGGCAGCCCAUUCUCCAGAGGACAUCAACAAAGCUGUGGACGCCUUUGUUGCCAUUGGUCGACAACUGAAUGUCAUCAGCUAAGAGGGAUUUUGAAGGAACAGCAAACUAAUGAUGUGAUCUUGAAGUGUUAUAACGUAGGUCGGGGUGUGUCUAUCAGAAUCUCAGAAAUGAACGGGGUUAAAGGGUAACGGUGGGUUUUUAUUUCUUUAUUUGCAACUUAGAAUAUGUUCAAUGUUGUAAGAGUAAAAAGAAAAAAGGUUCACAUCCUUCUUCUUGGGGUGUAAAAAUGGCUUUCAACAACAGUUUUCUGAAGGCUACAAUGGUCAGUCUGGAAAUUACAUGUAAGUAGGCAGAAUGAGGGAGCAUUAAGCGUGUCCUCCAAUUCAGAAUAAGUUUGUAAUGAUGUCAUUUCUGAAAAUUCUCUUUGACAGAAAAUAUGCAUAAAACAAAGGGGGUUAUUAGUAGAGUUAAAAUACGCCUCGAAAAUGAUUUUUUUUUAAUGGAUCUAUGAAGAUAAAUGUGUCUUUGUUAAUGAUAGUGCUCAUUAUAUAUUUGUGGCAGAAUGCGGAGAAUAAAUGCACUGGUGGAACUGAAGCAAAGGUUCUAAACGGCUUUGUGACUGUAAAUUGUGAAGAUUCACUGCCUUGAUGACAACUAGGUCUUGGCUGUCUUUAAUGGCUUAUUUUUUAAUAAGAAAGAUUUCAUUCCAGUUUAAUUCUAUAAAAGAAAUCUUUUGACAUUCCAGUUAUGAAGUUUUAAUUUUAUUUAUAGUAAAGUCUACAUUUAAUACAUAUGUGUUUCUACACUGCUUUCAGUUUUUUUUUCUAAUGCAUAUGUACUACUCUGGUCACCUUUAUAGCCUUUUGUGAUAUAAUUUUUCUAGGAGUAUGUUAUUUUUAGCAAAAAAUAUUCGAAAUUCUUGCACCUUUUUGGGUGUGUGCCUCAUCCUCCGUGUUUAAAUGUUAAUAAGUGAUAAAUAUUAGUGAAGGAAUGAAUGCUGGGGGCUAAUUCCCACAGUUCAGUGAUGUUUUAUUUGAUUUAUUUACUUGAUCGGUGUUUCACGCCGUACUCUAGAAUAUUUCAUUUAUACGAUGGCGGCCAGCAUCAUGAUGGUAUGAAACCUGGCUUUCCCACGACCACCUACAGACAGCAGGCAGAGAGAUGUUUCAGCCAUAUCUUGGAGAUUAACAAUAUGAUAUAGCCUGCAUCUUAGCACUAUUGACUGUAUUGAAUUAACUUUACAACUGUUAACAACAGUGUCAGUUAUUCUUGUUGAUGAUGUUUAGUUUAGUUUAUUGUUCUAUGUUUUGUGCAGAUUUUUGUGAAAAUCUGAGGGAAUGUCAGUAACAUCUUCAGCUUUGAAGAACAAAUUUGAACUGUUACGUCAGAGGCUGGCAUCUCAGAAUCUUGUUCUUGUACUUGACAGCAAUACUCAAUCGCUGUAUCUCCCAUCCUCUACAGGAUUAAAAGAUGGAACUGAUAAACUCAUACAUAUGUAGUAAUGUAUCAGAAUAUGGAGGCAAGAAUCUCUGUUUCAUACUCAGGCACUUUGGUGGUAUCUAUUGACCUGUUUUCUGUUGGAGGUGUUAGGUUGGUGUGCGUGAAUUUCAUGUAAGCGCUAAAUCAUGAUACUGUAAUUCUUCAAGCCUGAAGUAUCAUUUAUUUAGGCAUAUAUUCUGAAGGCAUUAUUGUGUGCAGACUGAUCAGUGUUGUUUCAAUGAAGAGUUCUUUGUUUCACAAAGAUUUGAAAUCUAAACAAAAAUAAAUGUCUUGCAUUGGAAUUGUUAAAAUUGUUUUGUAGGGUGUUCGGUUUGUUAAAUCAAAACGUAAUCAAAGAACAUCCAGGAAUGUAGCCAAUUAGGGCUUGGUUGGUGGAUCGAACAGGUGAUAAAGUGCUACAUUUGGCUGGGAUUAAGACAGAUGUUUAUCUUAAUCCCAGAUUCGGGGAAGACAGUGUUGCCCAAAAGGCAAUAGCGUCAGCUACCGUAUUCCGCUACCAAUUUCUCCCUCAUAAGACAUCAGUGGAAAUGCUGUUGUUAGUUUAAUCUCUCAUUUGGCCUGAGAUAAUGCCUGCCGGCAAUCACCCGGCGAAUGUUCAUUAACAGGGGCCGAGUGUUCAGUAAUCUUUUCAUAUUGUAGAGAAAAGUGACUGGAAAUAAAGUUCCGUUAAAAGCCUAGUUUGUGGUGUUCU